AAUUUAGAAAAGUGCCGGCAAUUGAUCAAUUUUCCAGUUUAUUCGUGCGGAUACUUCACAAUUUAUUAUUGCAAUAUCGAAACAAAAUCAACCAGUUUGAAGCGUUCUUACAUAAAGUAAAACUUAAACUUAGAUUAUCUACACAAAAUUGGUUAGAACAUAAAUAGAGUGAAGUCCAAUUAAAUUUCAUCCAGCGACAAUGGACAGCAGAGCGAACGAAAUCCAGAAAUGGAUGAAGGAAAUAAUGGCGAGCAAGGGCAUCAGUAAUUACAAAGUACAACUGGCCGAUACGACUGCCAAAGGCGACGGUUACGUAGGCGACAUAAUCUUCCUGAAAGUAACCGCCGAUGGAGGAAGCGACAAUGAAAAAGUAUACGACAUGGUAAUAAAAACCGCGAAAGAAGACGAUAAAUUAAGAGAAGCCUGUCCAAUCGGCGACGCUUACCUCAGAGAAAUAACCGUCUACAAAGAAAUUUUCCCGGUGUUGGAAGCCUUCCAAGAGGAGUACGCCGUAAAAAAACGCUUCUCGCACUACGCCAAAGUCUACAAAUCCAUUACCGAAGACAAAAAAGAAACGCUAAUAAUGCAGAACAUGAAGAGCUUGGGAUUCGAGUUGCACGACAGGACCGUACCGCAGAACACGGACCACCUGUUGUUCGUCUAUCGCACGUACGCGAAACUGCACGGGGCCAGUUUGGCCCUGAAGGCCAAAAAGCCCGAGGUAUUCAGGCAACUGUCGGCGAUAAUGCAGGACGCCUUCACCGCCUUCUUCACCGAAUCCCAACUGCUGCGAUCCAUCCAAUUGAGCCACGUGAACGCGCUGAAGUUGCUCAGAAAGAACGGAUUGGAGCACAUGGCGCGGAAAAUCGAACAGGCCACCGGUAGCAUGGAGGAAAUGAUUAAAUCGAUGAGCGUUCUAAACGGUAAAGACGACGAAAAAGAAGGGGUGAUCGUGCACGGAGAUUGUUGGAAUAGCAACAUGAUGUUCAAAUACAAAGACGGAGACAAAUCGCGACCAAUCGACAUCAUCUACCUCGAUUUCCAGCUAUCCAGGGUAACUACUCCCAUAGUAGAUUUGUCUUACUAUCUUUACUCGGUGGCUGAUAAACCAGAUUUGGAUCGCAUAGAUUAUUUGUUCGAGGAAUACCACAAGGAACUGACCGAAUAUCUCAGACAAUACGGCUUAAAUGCAGACGAUUUCUACACGUUGGAACGAUUGAAGACGUCUUGGAGGACAUACGGAUUAUUCGGUUUGGGUUUGGGGACGUUCCUCACCAGAGUGCAGCUCUGCAAAGAUGACGAAGUGAUGGAUCUCACUGGAUCGAUAGCCGAUGGAAGCAUGAUCGUCGACGAGUUUCCCGAUAUAGAGAAACAGGAGGAGUGCGACAGAAGAGUGCUGAAUCUUCACAAGCAUUUUUACGAGAGGUUUUUAAUGUAAUUAGUCGGUAAAUAAACGUAAUCUAAUCCCA